UCACUGGUGGUUUUGGAUAGUAAAUAAAAUGUCUAUAUUUGUGUUGUAGUCAUGGCGACCCCUGGUUCCUAUCACCACCACUGUAAAGACAUCUGAACCAUUUCACACCAAACCACUCUGAACGACCUACUUGUUAUUUAUUUAUGUUAGUGUAUUGUGCCGAAAUUGUGGAAAAUUUGGUGGAAUUCUCCUUCAGACUCAAUGCGUCUGGUUAACAGGGAGGAAAUCACACCACAUGUCUUGCUGGACUUCUAAGUCAUUUGGACUUGUUUUUAUUCAUAAUCAUAAAAAUAACAUUCAUUUAAAUUUUAAUUUAAAAUGUAACACAACUGUGUUAUGAUUAUCUGUUUAAUCAAAAACAUAUAGGUUUACUAUAUAUAUUACAUAUAGGUUUAAAAACAUUUAGGUAAACUUAUAGGUUUAAGUUAUACAGUAUAUAAGUUUACAAAGUUUAAAGUGCAGAUAAUCAGCAAAUCUGGUUUCAAGCAGGUGCUCACAAACUUUGACUAACACUUUUUUUCACCACUUUUCUGCCACGUCACAUGACGUGGAGGUGAAUGAAAGGAGGUUGCAGACUGGAGGAGACUGUAUCUGUCGUGUUCUCCUUCUUCUCGAUCAUGAUGCUCUCCGUUUCGAAAGCGUGAGGACUCGACUCAUGAAGAAUGGAGGCCUUCAGGAUCGUGGUGGUCCUUCAAGCUCUCGUCUGCUGUGAAGCACUUCAGAAUCUCACCACCCCAAAAUCUCCGGACGGCAAAGAGCCUAAUCUGUACGUCUCCCAGACCUCCAGGCCGUGCUCCUGGACGGUGAGCUCUAGAGGAGAGAAUCAGAGUUCGGCUGUCUUCACAAAGGAGUCUCUGGACCCCCUCGCUGCUCAUGUGUGUCAGACUCUGGGCUGCGGAAGAGUCUACAAGAUUAUCAGCAGCGCUGCAGACCCCAAUGCGAGCUGCUUUACAGGCUGCAUCUACCACAAAGACAUGCUGAACAACUGCAGUCAGGCUGCUGGGGGCAGCUGCACAGCCGUAUCUGAAGUCAUUUGCGCUGCUCCCUACAUCACCGCAGCGACCGGCUACUGCGUCUGGAAUCUCAGAUCUCCGGAAAACGAACAGGCCGUUGUUUUGACCGAAGAGGAUGCGCGCAGACUGCCCAGCGAGGUCUGUCAGAGUCUCGGCUGUGGAGAUGCACUUCCACAGAGCAGAACCAAAGCGCCGCCUAACAGUACCUGCCUCACAGGCUGCUUCUACCACAACUUCCACCUGCGGAACUGCUCCACGGUGGUUAGCAGCGACUGCACACAGCUUUCUACAGUGGAAUGCGGUAACCGCUUGGCCCAACUGAGUGGAGGAAGCCAUCGCUGUGGUGGGCGCGUGGAGCUGUGGCGAGGGGGUCAGUGGGGCACAGUGUGCGAUGACGAGUGGGACAAAAAGGACGCUGAUGUUGUUUGUGCUCAGCUGGGCUGUGGAUACGCCAUCUCAGUCUCGGGGCAGGGUCAGCCGUACGGCCAGGGCAGAGGGCCAAUUCACCUGGACGAGCUGAACUGCACAGGAAAAGAGAGGAGUCUAUGGGAGUGUCCUGCAGUGAAGGACCACCAUGACUGUGGACAUAAAGAGGAUGCUGGAGUGGUGUGUUCAGAGUACAAAGCUCUAAGGCUGACCGGAGGGCUGGACAGCUGCUCGGGCAAAGUGGAGAUCCAUCGCAAUGGAUCAUGGGGGACAGUAUGUGAUGACUCCUGGGCCAAAGAAGAAGCAUCGAUGGCCUGCGCCAUGUUGGGCUGUGGGAGUGCAGUACAGUUCACUGGCUUUGAAGAGCUUUUUACCUAUAAAAAUGGGAUGCGCUGGUAUUACAUGUGUGAAAAGACCUUUACAAACCUGUGGCAGUGUACAGAGAUUGAUGCAAUCAAGAACCAGAUUUGCGAUGGAAAUAAAGCAGCAGGAUUAGUUUGUAGCGAUUCUCUUGGGCUGCCGCAACCUACCAGUCCAAAGGCAACUACACCUGCAUUAAGAACAGUGCAAAUGACCACAGCAGGACCCACAGACUUCUGGACUCUGGAGCUGCUGGGCUGCAUCGGACUGUCCUGUGCUCUUUUGAUUGCGCUCAUCACAAACGUCAUCUUGUGUUGCCUUGCUAGGAAAAAAAGAGCUCUGAAGGUUCAGCAGCAGUAUGCCAGUCUACAGACGGCUGCAGGGGCCGAAGAGAACAACUACAGAGACGCCAUCCACCUCGUUAAGGUCACCAGCAAUGAACCCCAACUCGGCGCUCAGAUAAUGCCCCCGCAGAUGUGGACUCAGAGCAGCGUUGAGAGCGGCGACACCGACUAUGACCCGAGUGACAGCGGGCCGGACACACCCUUCCCCCUGUCCACCUUCCGCAACUCUACGCGGUACAGUACGGAGAACCGGAAUCCAGCUCUAAAAAGUGCCAACCUGCAUAGUGUGACUGAGGAGGGGGCUCCUGGUGAUGCUGCAAUGCGAGGACACCAACAGCAGCCCUACACAGCCAACGGCACAUUCCACGGCCUCACUGCUGCCCCGAGUGAGGACUCGUUUGAGACCUCCAGCACCUCGUCGGGAGAGUGUUAUGAGAAUACAGGCCCCAGCGAGAUUUAUGAAAAUACUGGAGAUGACAGAAAUGACCUGCAAACUGCAACGCUGCCCUAUCCGGACCCUCCCAGCUACAGUACUGAGAACUUGCUCAAUCAGCCUGAAGACUCACUCCAAAACCAGAGCAAUGGCUUCAUGUCCAACCAGGGUUUCGGCAUGGAGCCGAGCUGUGAAGACGAUUUCCCCAUAUACUCUCCCGUCAGCGCCGACGUGGACCCCUACUCCUCCGACAGCGAGUACGACGAUGUUGGCUGCUUACAGAGGCCUCGCUAGUGACCUGACUUUAAACCUCUCCUGUUUUACGCUGAUGCCUGAGAACCACACACUCUGUUCCUACAUGCACAUUCAUAUUCAAAUUCAUCUUCCACAUUUCUGUUUUAACUCUUUCUUUGUUAUAAGUUUGUCUGAAUCUUUUUUGGUGCCGGGGAUUAAACACAGUGAAGGACUGUUCAGUACUGAGUGCUGGAGUGGAUUCACCUCAUCGCCUGACUGCAUAUUUACAUUCUGUACCAUGUAUGACAUAAAACAUGCUCCUAAACAGCACUUUCACUCUGAGUAGUAAUAAAUAUAUAUAUAAAACUGCAUAUUUAAGGCUGGUGACUGUUAUAGUAACUUAGUGCCAGAUUGAGGCCUGUUCUGUCAGGCACUGUGAACAGACUGAGAAACUCAGCAGCUGAAACCUGACAAAGACGUUCAUCUCAGAAACAAAUCUUACAUAUUUGUAAACAUUUUGAGCACAAAUAUCUAAAAUCUGUAUUUUUCUAGCUGUAAAUAAACCUGUUUUGUAGAAUUUGGAA